AUGGCGAAAGUGGAGAAGCAUCGCUCCAGUCGGAAGAGCGGCCAUCGCAAACGUAACGAUGGCGGCUACAGCGACACGGAAACCGACCGAGAGGUGAGCAGUCUGACGGACAGGGCCUUCAGGAGCCUUUGUAUCGGAGAUGAGGCUGUGUACAACGACUCAGACCUAUGUGCAUCGCCCUGCACAAAGAGGGACACAGACAUACUGAAGAGGACGGCCCACGAGAGCUUCAGCCUCAGAGUGCAGCAGUAUGGACAAGACUGGAUGUAUGGAGGAAUGUAUGGAGCAGAGAUCCACAAGGAUCAGCAGUGGGGGAUGUAUGGAGAGAGCGGAGCCCAGGAGAGGCUUUCUUCUUCAUAUCAAUCUUCAGUGGAGGCCCAUCAGCAAGAAACCCCCUCCAGAGAACUGUCCUUGUUCAGCAACGGGACAACAGAAGUGAGCUCUCAACAGCGCAGGAGCAACUCGCGUGUCUCCUCUUUAGUCAGGGCCUUUAACUCCGAGGGUCAGGGGGACGAGGCCACGUAUAAUGAUGAGACGAGUUGGGAUAAAGAAAACUCUCCAAUUUUAAACGACGUUGAAGUUGAGAAGGUGACAGACAAGCAGGAGCACAUGACGUACAUUGAGCCACAGAGACGAGAGCCAGAGACGCAGCAGCUCAUAGUGGAAGCUGCUAACACCGAGGAGCUAAAAGAAGAGCCCAUAAAAUGUGAACUGGCAACGAGUAGCGAGGAGGCCCGAAUAGAGCAAGUUAAACCUGAGCCCAGCCAUGAGAGUCACCAUAGCAGACGUCCAGUGUUUACUGUGGACUCACAAGAGGAUGUUGUGAAAGGAAAAGGCUCACAAGAUCUGUCAGAAGCUCAAGUUAAAGUGAGCAAAGAACCUCCUACAGUUGUAAUCCCCAUCACAGAGAAACAACCUCAAAGGGCUGAUAUGUUUAAACUGGGAGCCAAAGAAAAUCCUGAGGUACAAAAAAGGGAACCGACAGAUUUAAUGAACACAAACACAGAGGAUAGAAUUAAGGACAUGUUGGAGAAGAGCAGAGCAAAACAGGCAGAAGAAGACAAAAGAGCUGCUCAGAGAGAAGAGGAGCGGAGGGCCAGCGAGAGGGAGGCCAUCGCGGCACAGAUCCGCGAAAGACGGAAGAAACAACGAGAGGCUGAGAGAUAUGCAGAGGAGGAGGGAAGGGGCAAAAUUGUAGAGCAGCAGAUGGGGAAGCCAGAUGAACCCAGUCUUCAACAGCAAAAGGUGAUGUCUACUGAGGACAAACAAAAACUGUUUGAGACAGACAAGACAGCCGAAAGAAAGCCAGAUGAAAAUAUAAGGGCGAUCCAAAAACAGAAUUCAGAUGCUCAUAAAGCUGAAGGGAAGAGUCAUGUUCUUGAAGAGGAGCUGAGGAAAGAUUAUCUUGAGGAACCAAAUAAAAACACCACUCACAUCGAAGAGCAAAAGAGCAGAAAGAUUCUUGAAGAAGACCAAAGAAAAAUUGAGGAGCAGAAGAAAAAAGACAUUCUAGAGGAACAACAGAGAAGGGUUCAGAUGGAAGAACAAAAGAAGAGAUUCGUUGUGGAAGAACAGAAUAAAGGAGCUGCUCUCAAAGAACAGGAGAAACAAGCAGCAAAAACCGAAGAACAAAAAAGGAUUGUUGUGAAAGAGGGACUGAGAAAGGUUCCCCUCGAAGAAAACACAAGAAAGACCUAUGAAGAGCAGCAAAAACAAGCAAAAGCUGCUGAAGCUCAGACAGAACAGCAAAAAAGAAGAGCUGCUCCAGAGAAAAAGAUGUCUGAUGAAACAACAGAGCAGCAAAGACAAGCCACGUUAGUCAUGGAACAGAAGAAAAGAGUUUCUACAAUGGCACAUGAUGAGAAACAGAAACCAGCUACUCUAGAGGAACAGCAAAGACGAGCUGCUGAAAAGGAGGAGCUCAGGAAGAUCGCUGAGAAAGAGCAGUACAGACAAUCUGCAAUACUCGAGGAACAGAAGAAAAGAGCUGCCGUUGAAGAACAACAGAAAAAGGUGGUGCAUGAAGAGAAACAGAGACAGGCGGCUCUAAAAGAAAAGGAGCAAAGGGCGGCUCUGGAGGAACAGCAAAGGAGAGUGACAGAAAAGGAAAAGCAGAGGAGAAUGGGCGCAGAAGAGCUGCAAAGGAGAGCUGCAAGUGAGGAGAAACUGAGGAGAGACGCACUCAUUGAAGAACAGAAAAGAAAAGCUGUGGCAGAGGAACAGCAGAGAAGAGCAGCUCGUGAGGAACAGCUGAGAAAGGCGGCUGCAGAGGAGGAGCAAAAGAGAAAGGCGGCUGCAGAGGAGGAGCAAAAGAGAAAGGCGGCUGCAGAGGAGGAGCAAAAGAGAAAGGCGGCUGCAGAGGAGGAGCAAAAGAGAAAGGCGGCUGCAGAGGAGGAGCAAAAGAGAAAGGCGGCUGCAGAGGAGGAGCAAAAGAGAAAGGCGGCUGCAGAGGAGGAGCAAAAGAGAAAGGAUGCUGUAGAAGAGGAGCAAAAGAGAAAGGCGGCUGUAGAGGAGGAGCAAAAGAGAAAGGCGGCUGUAGAGGAGGAGCAAAAGAGAAAGGCGGCUGUAGAGGAGGAGCAAAAGAGAAAGGCGGCUGUAGAGGAGGAGCAAAAGAGAAAGGCUGCUGUAGAGGAGGAGCAAAAGAGAAAGGCGGCUGUAGAGGAGGAGCAAAAGAGAAAGACUGCUGUAGAAGAGGAGCAAAAGAGAAAGGCGGCUGCAGAGGAGGAGCAAAAGAGAAAGGCUGCUGUAGAGGAGGAGCAAAAGAGAAAGGCGGCUGUAGAGGAGGAGCAAAAGAGAAAGACUGCUGUAGAAGAGGAGCAAAAGAGAAAGGCGGCUGUAGAAGAGGAGCAAAAGAGAAAGGCGGCUGUAGAGGAGGAGCAAAAGAGAAAGGCGGCUGUAGAGGAGGAGCAAAAGAGAAAGGCGGCUCAACAAAAAGCUGAGCAGGAGAAAGCAGCUCUUGAAGAACAGAAGAGACGAGCUGCCCAUGGGGAGCAGCUGAGAAAGGCUGAGGAGCAAAAGAGGAGGGCAGCUGCAGAGGAGGAGAAAAAGAGAAGAGCAGAAGAGGAGCAAAAGAGAAGGGUGGCUGUAGAGGAGGAGCAAAAGAGAAGAGCACAAAUAGAGGAGCAGAAGCGAAAAGCAGUUGAAGAAGAACAGAGGAAAACUGCUGAAAUUGAAGAAAAUAAAAGACAGGCGGCUCACAAGGAGCGUCUCAGGAAGAUGGCUGAGGAGGAGCAGCUACAAAAAGCUGAGCAGGAGAAAGCAGCUCUAGAGGAACAGCAAAGAAGAGCUGCUGAAGAGAAACAGAGGAAGAUGGCAGAAGAGGAGCAGCAAAGGAGAGCUGCCGUUGAGGAAGAACAGAAAAGAAAAGCUGCAGCAGAGGAACAGCUGAGAAAAAACAAAAUAGCUGAGGAGGAAGAGCGAAGACGACAAGCAGCUCAUGAGGAGCAGCUUAGAAAGGCUGAGGAGCAAAAGAGAAGGGCGGCUGUAGAGGAGGAGCAAAAGAGAAGAGCUGCAGAAGAGGUGCAAAAGAAAAGAAAAGCUGCAGAAGAGGAGAAAAAGAGAAGGGCAGCUCUAGAGGAGGAGCAAAAGAGAAGGGCGGCUCUAGAGGAGGAGAAAAAGAGAAGGGCAGCUGUAGAGGAGGAGCAAAAGAGAAGGGCAGCUCUAGAGGAGGAGCAAAAGAGAAGGGCAGCUCCAGAGGAGGAGCAAAAGAGAAGGGCAGCUCCAGAGGAGGAGCAAAAGAGAAGGGCAGCUCUAGAGGAGGAGAAAAAGAGAAGAGCUGCAGAAGAGGUGCAAAAGAAAAGAAAAGCUGCAGAAGAGGAGAAAAAGAGAAGAGCAGCUCUCGAGGAGGAGCAAAAGAGAAGGGCAGCUCUAGAGGAGGAGAAAAAGAGAAGGGCAGCUGUAGAGGAGGAGCAAAAGAGAAGGGCAGCUGAAGAGGAGGAGCAAAAGAGAAAAGCACAAAUAGAGGAGCAGAAGCGAAAAGCAGCUGAAGAAGAAAAAAAGAAAACUGCUGAAAUGGAAAAAAUUAGAAAACAGGCGGCUCACAAGGAGCGGCUCAGAAAGAUGACCGAGGAGGAGCAGCUACAAAAAGCUGAGCAGGAGAAAGCAGCUCUUAAAGAACAUCAAACAUCUUCUCAUGAGGAACAGCUGAGAAAGGCUGCAGUGAUUGAGGAGCAGAGGCAAAUAGCUGCUGAAGAAGAAGCAAGGAGGAAAGAUGUCCAGGUUAAAAAACAGAGACGCACACGACAAGAAGAAGAAGAGACACGGCUGGCAUAUAUUAGAGAGGAGAGAAUCAAAAGGCAGAUUGAGGAAGAGAAAGAAGCUAAAAUUGAAGAAGAAAGGAGCAGACGGCAGCAAAGUUCUGAGGAGAAUCUAACAUACAAAGGGAAAGCUCAACCCUGGAGUCAGAAGGACAUCAGAACGAGACCAGUAGUGAAUCAGGAGGGAACAGAUGAAGCAGAGCGAGAAAAAUACACAUCAGAGACAACAGAAGCUCUUCAAUACUACUCCUUGACCUCAGAGAAAGUAUCCCCUCCUCAAAAAAGGAGCAAUACAAAUGAGUCUGAAACAGUAAAGGAUACCAAAAGACCACACUCUCUUGUAUCCCCAGUCCCAACUCUGCCCCGCUCCAGUGCCACCUCCCCUGCUUUUGGAAUGAAGCCCUCCAUGUUCAAGGUUAAAGAUAACACCAGCCGAGGAACUUCUCUCACCAAGUCCAUCAAACCACGUUUUCAUAAGAACUUUGGAGAAGAAUACAGGGUUGGUUCCCCGAUGGACAGAGGUUGGGAGAGAAAUGAGAGUGAUCUCCCACAGCACAGGCCAUUUUCAAGAAGAAGUCUUGCUCUGGAUGAAGAAGACUCUCGCUCCAUCAUCAGCAACAUGUCAGAGGAUGUGGACAGUGUCGCCACCAGUGCUACUGACCUGGCAGAUAUAAGGGCAUUGACAUGGGAGCUGCAGCAGAAGUCCUGCCUCAGCACUUUACUCUGCCCAAUAAAGCAGCAGGCCUCUCUCCACCGGGACUCUGACAACCACAGAGAGACAGGCCCAUGCCACUCUGUCCUGCAGCCAGACAGGGAAAAGCAGUUCAACAUCUGCAUGCACAACAUUCACACAACCUUUAAAAGACCAGGCCAUGUGUGCCUGUUCUAA